AUGGCGGAGGAAAUCAAAAAUCUGCGCGAUGAAUACGUUUACAAGGCGAAGCUUGCGGAGCAAGCGGAGCGCUAUGACGAAAUGGCGGAGGCCAUGAAGAAUUUGGUGGAAAACUGCCUCGAUGAGCAGCAGCCGAAAGACGAGCUGUCCGUGGAGGAGCGUAACCUCCUCUCUGUUGCGUACAAGAAUGCUGUCGGCGCGCGCAGAGCCAGCUGGCGCAUUAUUUCUUCUGUUGAGCAGAAGGAACUCAGCAAGCAGCACAUGCAAAACAAAGCCCUCGCUGCCGAGUAUCGGCAAAAGGUCGAGGAGGAAUUGAACAAGAUCUGCCACGACAUCCUUCAACUUCUCACCGACAAACUCAUUCCGAAAACUUCGGACAGUGAGAGUAAGGUGUUCUACUACAAGAUGAAGGGAGACUACUACCGCUACAUCUCCGAGUUCAGUGGCGAGGAGGGAAAGAAACAGGCUGCUGACCAAGCCCAGGAGUCGUACCAGAAGGCGACCGAAACCGCGGAGGCGGAACUCCCCUCGACUCACCCUAUUCGUCUUGGCCUUGCCUUGAACUACUCUGUCUUCUUCUACGAGAUCCUCAACUUGCCGCAGCAGGCGUGCGAAAUGGCGAAGAGAGCCUUUGAUGAUGCGAUUACUGAAUUUGAUAACGUUAGCGAGGACUCUUACAAGGACAGCACUCUUAUCAUGCAGCUUCUGCGUGAUAACUUGACUCUCUGGACCUCGGAUCUGCAAGCAGACCAGCAGCAGCAAGAGGGCGGAGAGAAGCCCGCUGAGCAGGCUGAUCAGUAA